AUGGCAGAUAGCCCUGCACAAGUAUUGCAGAUUGAGCCAAAGAAUGAACUGGUAUUUGAAGGUCCCUUCGUCGAUGUAGUCACUUCUUAUAUCAAAUUAACAAAUCCUUUGGACCAACCUGUUGCAUUUAAAAUCAAAACAACAGUGCCAAAAUGUUAUUGUGUAAAACCAAGCAAUGGUUAUAUUGAACCUCAUCAAACCUUAGAAGUUGCAGUAAUGCUCCAACCAUUCUGUUACAAUGCUGCAGAAAAAUUUAAUCAUAAAUUUAUGAUUCAAUCCAUCAUUGUGUCCGAUGAACCUCGGCCUACCAUGGAACAGUUGUGGAAGGAUGCACCUCACAGCAAGCUAAUGGAUUCACGAUUGUUUUGUCUUUUACGUUUACCUGAAGAACUUCAUGUUGAACCUAGCCGGGAUUUAGUCUUUGAAGGUCCUUUUGUCAAACCUGUUACAUCUGUUGUGAAACUGACCAAUCCCUCUUCACACAAUAUUUGGUUUAAGAUCAGCGCCUCAUCCCCAGAUCAUUUUACUGCCACACCAAAUACAGGUGUCAUAUUGCCUAAUGAGAAUUCGACGAUCUCAAUUAUAUUUCAUCCAACUGACUUUGAUUUCACAGCAAAAAAUCGUGUAAGAAUGUUAAUUCAAUCUACUGUUGCUCCAGAAGGAACAGAUAUUAAAAAAGAUCAAACUGAAGGAAAAGCGACGGAUUAUUACUUGAAAUGUGUAUUCAAAAACACAGGCAUUGAGGAAAGAGUAGAAGUUAGCAAACAUCAUCAAGUUGCAUCAUCUAAACCUAUACAUGAUACUGGUAUGAGCCAGGCGGAUAUCGAAAAGUUAAUGGCUGAAAUAUCUGCUCUUCGCCAAGAAAAUGCUGCGCUCAAGGAAUCGGAUCUUCAUCUACGACGUACCGCAGCUAUUUCAGAUACAUGUCGAAUGUCCAAUCAAGCUGGUGUUCGAUCCAUGGUUGAUGGGGGUGGUGAUGGUCGUCGUAUGGGUGGUGUUGGUGUUGGUGCCAGUGCUAGUUCUAGUGAUCGUUAUCAUAAAACGAAAGUUGAUGCGUUUAGUAAUAUCCCACCGAUAUUAUACCUAAUCACAGCUUUACUUAUUGGUCUCUUCUUGGGUCGAUUUAUUCUGUAA